UUUUUUCUUCUUCUUCUUCUUUUCUCCCUUUCUCUCUCUCUCUCUCCCUCUCCCUCUUUUUCUCUGUCUUCGUCUGAUGUCCUGACCACUAACGGCUACAUAUUAAGAGAUAAUUCCAUACCCCGAGGUUACAAACCGGCUUAGACUGGCUCUCUCGCAUUCUGACUCCAUUGGGUAUCCUGCGUUUUUAAAAAAAAAAAAAAAAAAAAAAAAAAAAACAUAUUGUGACUCACUGCCUUUUCUUUUUUUUAUUUAAAGGAGCAGCAGUCUAAUUUUCAACUGCACAACAAGGUACAAAGCCAGAUACAUUAUUGAUGCAGUGUUUUGCAUGCACGUAGAGCUCAAAUUUUAGGGAGACUCAUUCUGGUUCAUUACCUUGUAUCAGUUAAAAUGUACUAUAGCAGCUACUAUACUGUAUACAAUAACUCGGCCUAAUCUGGUGCAAAAUUCUGUGCUCUACUUGCAUCAAUCGUUUUCUCCACAUAUGUUUGCUGUAGCAUUUUUAUGGUUUCAUUAUGAGCAUCAGUGCAUACUCCAGAGAUCGGAGUAUGCUGAUUCAGAGUCCCAUCUAGACUCUUUGCUUGAAGCUUGUAGUAUUUCAGUCCCCAAGUCUUUUAAAUCAUCUUGUUUUUUUAAAGUGUCCUUCCAUUGAGUGCACCUUCAAGCAUCUUCGUGACGUGGAAGCAUGGCAGAGGUGUUCAAAACGGCUUUGGAUAUUUGUCCUUCAGUGCGGUAAAACGUCUGCUGGACAUCGUUCACUUUUGUCUGUACAUUCACUUUAUUUUCUUCAGCAAUUUCUCUUGUUCUUGUUGCCAUGUUCAGAGUCUUUUCAUUCAUUCACGUUUUAUCUCGAGGAGACCGUCCAGUCAGUGAUGAAAAUGCGAAACAGCAGAGUCGGAUAUGAAAGUCGGACAGAACAGCAGUGGCCUCUGUCCUUUUGGCACCCGACAUACACCCAGACGAACCACAGCAACAGUGUCAUAUUGAAACCGCAUAAAUGAAAAUUAAUUUGAAUAUUAGGUUAUGCAAGACUGCUGAGUCUGUUCGGAGCUGAGUAGGAUGUACAGGACGUGUUCUGCAUCCUCAUGUACCUGCUGUCCAUGUGUCUAGAAGGGCUUCCCUAUUUGCUCUGCUUAGAACUGGGGAGGGGGGUGGGGGGGUUCUCUCUCAAGCAUUCCCUUACAGAAACUCACUUGUGCCUUUCUCUGUCUGUUUUACUCUCAUUCUAGUGCUUCUUUGUCUUGAACUUCACCCCCCACACAGCCUUCCUCCCCUUUUGGCCCGUCUCCUCCACCCUUCUCCCAAACAUCCACUCCCUCCCUCGGGCGACAGCAGAAGAAGAAUUGAUUAGUGGCAUGGCGUAAAAAUAGAAGGGCCUGUUGUCAUGGCAACGGACACAAUGAGCUGUUGUCUUGUUUAAUGAAGAUCGGGGUCUUAAGUGUUGUGGCUGAAUGAGCAUGUGCAGGAGACACUGCUCAUGUCUAGGUGCAUCGAACACGGCGUACGUUCAUGCUGGGAGGCAGAUUUGCUCGUUUAGACCGCAAGGAUCGUACCAUAUUUCUAUUUCCUUGUGUUUUACAUGUACGCAGAUGUGUGGGUCUGUGGUCGGUGAUAUUUUGGGUGAAGACCUGUAUCAUGCAUUUGCAGUCGUAAAGCACGUGUAAACCCGCAUUCUGUUAUUCCCAACUCCUAUAAAUUGGAAGGCGACCAAUUACAACUCUCUUGCUGAGGAUGCCUUCCUCUUAAUUGGCCUAAUUAGUGUCAGAAAACUGGCCGUGUGCGAUUUCUGGUCCCGUUUCUUGUAGCCCCUCCCUUGGAGCGAUUUAAACAGUAACAGUAGAAGAAUACGUGGGCUGGUCAGGUCCAUGGUCCAAUUAGAGGAGAAACCAAUGAGCUUUGUUUCGGUUCUCAGCAGCAUUAAGUGAUUAGUGUUCUUAAAACAUGUCAUUCAGUGUCCUUGGUGCUCCUUCUUACCAAUUCUGUGUACUAGCUUGAUUUCAGGCAGGACAGUCAGCAGCCGUUCUGAGAGGAUACAGCAAGAUGGUUUUUCUUAUUUCUAAGAAGCGCAUGGUUUUUUUCUUUUCCUCCCUGCUUCAGCGUUCCAGUAUAUUUGUGAAUACUGGGAGGUCACACUCGUGCUGGAGUGCUGCUGUCUGUGAAAGUGAGCUCAUAGAGGUGACUACAGCACAAGGGAGCUCACUGCCUCGCUGUCAUUAUAACAUCUGAAUCGCAGAAAGGGUCUUGGGGGAGCCUGGAACCUAUUCCAGGGAACUCGGGACACAAGACAGGGAACACCCUGGACUGGGUGCCAACACAUCACAGGGCACAAUCGCACACCCAUUCUCACACCAUGGACAAUUUGGAGAUGCCAUUCAGCCUACAACGCGUGUCUUUGGACUGGGGGAGGAAACCGGAGUACCCAGAGGGAACCCCCGAAGCACGGGGAGAACAUGCAAGCUCCACGCACACAGGGCGGAGGCGAGAUUCGUACCCCCAAACCCAGAGGAUGGAGCGGAUGUCUGAGGAGGCGUUGAGGUUGAACUUGCUGAAGCGGGGUCUGGAACCGGCUGACGAGAGGGAGGAAGCACUGGCAAAGCGCCUGAAAAUGGAGGGUCACGAAGCUAUGGAGCGACUGAAGAUGCUGGCAUUGCUCAAGCGCAAGGACCUCGCCGCUCUGGAAGGAGCCGCUGUGGCAGAGGGGAAAGGACCUGGGGUCAGCCAGGGGCAGAUGGGUGCCUCAGUGGUGUAUGAGGAGAAGCUGAACGGGAACCUGAGGAGCACAAGUCAUGGAGGACCCAGCAAGAAUGGCAAAGAGAACAUGAUGGACGAACCUGUGGACAUGAGCGCCAAGAGGAGCGGUGUGGAGCGAGAGAGGUGUACUCCAUCUCCAGAUGUGAUUAUCUUGUCAGAUAAUGAAGCGUCAAGCCCGAGGAGCACUCCGCACCCAGAGGAGCGCCGCCAUCACCCCAACCUAGACAUGUUCAAGGGGAAGACGGACGAGGAGAGGCAGCAGAUGAUCAAAGCCCUACGUGAGGAGCUGAGGCUGGAGGAGGCCAGGCUCGUGCUGCUGAAGAAACUGAGACAGAGCCAGAUGCAGAAAGAGAACGUCGUACAGAAGGUUCCAGUCGUUCAGAAUCCCCCCUCCUCCGUGCAGCCCUCAACCAUUCACCACUCACAGGGGCUGACCAAACUACCGGUGCGGCCUGGCAUGCAUACCUCUGAGCCACAGAACCUCCGCACAGCACAGGGCCACACGGUGAUCAGGUCUGCAGCCAGUGCCUCUCUGCCCCCCAUGAUGAUGUCUCAGCGGGUGAUUGCUCCUAACCCAGCCCAGCUGCAGGGACAGAGAGUGCCCUCUAAACCUGGCAUGGGCCGGCCCUCCACAGGGAGCAUGAGCAAUGCAAUCAACUACCAGCAGGCUGCUAGCCAACAGGUGGCGGCCUCACAGCGUUCCAGCUCCUCCGCGGCCAUCUACAUGAACCUGGCCCACAUGCAGGCGGCUGGGGCAGCAGGUGUGCCAGGCGUUGGGGUGGGUGUCAGUGGUGUGAGUGCAGUUAGCCCCUCCGCACUUCCCGGCAGCUCUAGUGUGGGCUCUGUGGGCACGAUGAGUGAUCAGGCCAGCAGCCAAGCAGCUGCCAAGCUGGCCUUGCGCAAGCAGCUGGAGAAAACGCUGCUGGAGAUCCCUCCACCCAAACCUCCCGCACCCCUGCUCCACUUCCUGCCCUCUGCCGCCAACAGCGAGUUCAUCUACAUGGUGGGACUGGAGGAGGUGGUUCAGAGCGUCCUCGACAGCCAGGGUAAAAUGAGGGGUUCGCUAUCACGCAUGGAGCCGUUCUUCUGCGCCCAGUGCAGGACUGACUUCACCCCCCACUGGAAGCAGGAGAAAAGCGGCCGCAUCCUGUGUGAGCAGUGCAUGACCUCCAAUCAGAAGAAGGCCCUAAAGGCUGAACACACCAACCGUCUGAAAAAUGCCUUUGUCAAGGCACUGCAACAGGAGCAGGAAAUCGAGCAGAGGCUUCAGCAGCAGGCGGCGCUGUCCCCGAGCGCGGCUCAGACCGUCCCCAGCGUUAGCAAGGCCGAGAGCAUGAUCCGACACCAUGCACUCCGACAGGCUCCUCAGCCACAGGCAGCUCUGCAGCGGGGUUUAUCCAGCUCAGCGCGUGGCGUGCUAUCUAACUUUGCCCAGGCCUCGCAGCUCUCGGUGGCUGGUGGACUGUUGGGUAUGACCAACAAGCGCUGUGGAGGAGGCAGUGCCAGCAGCAGUCGGUCACAGCACGAGAGCCGCCGACAGAUUUACAACAUCCCCGGCUUGAAUAUUGCCUAUUUGAACCCAGGCCAUAAGGCGUCCAGCCUGGCAGAUCGACAGAGGGAGUAUCUGCUGGACAUGAUCCCCCCACGCUCCAUUUCUCAAUCCAUCACUGGCCAGAAAUGAGCUGUCUCUCACUCACACUCACUCACACUCUCACACACACACACACACACACACACACACAAACACACACACACACACACACUGCAACCAUCACCCCUGUCGCAUGCAGUGCCUGUCCGUGUGCCUACCCAACUAACCCAUGAGAAUAACUCAGCCAGACGAACACCAGACUCUCAACUUCCAUUUCCUACUAUAACAAAGCUCUUUAUUUCUUGCUAUUGCUCUGUCAGUUAUCACCUUUAUUAUUAUUAUUGUUAUUAUUAUUAAUAAUAGCAUUAUUGCUUGUGUUACAGGUAUUCUUAUGUUUAUUAGUAGUUUUAGUGACUUGUGGAUUUUUUUUUUUUUUUUUUUUGGUUUUGUUUUUUUCCCUGUUUGACAUUUUUAUUUAUUUCUUUCUCAAGGAAGGGGCUAGAUUUCAGGGUUACUUGAAAAUGUGUUGCUCUUAUUUUCCUUCUUAGCUUCCUCCCUUUUGCACCCUGUAAAAUGAUGAGAGGUUGCUCUCACAUUUCAAAAGCCCUUUUUUUUUUUUCCUUUUUUUUUUCUUAUGUAGCCCACGUUGAAGCUUACGUCUAUAGAACGUGAACAGUUCACCUAUGCCAUUUGGUAAACAAUCUUUGUAGCAAACACAUUUCAAAGAGAAAGAGUCCUGGUGGAGACUGCGUCUGACAGAAUGACGGACUUUUAUAGUAAACCAAUCCUAAUGCACUGAGACGCUGACGGCUGUUCUGCCUUGAGAAGGCAACGUGAUACGAGAACACUAGGUGCUGUGUGCAGAAUCAUUGAAGGAUGUUUAGGUCACGUACUACACGGCAGAAGGACGGUUGAAAACGAGCAGCGUCAGAAGCAUCGUGAUGAUCAAGCUAAAACCAUGCAGCGUGUUUCCGAUGAAGGCUGCCGUUGAAUAUACAGGAUUUACAGCACGUUUGGAGGCCCGGAUUAGCGCAUCUUCCACGUCCCCUCAAUGCCUUUAAUUUCAUGACAUCGAUGCUGUGAGAUCAUCUCUUGCAGUGCCAUGUGUUUAGCUGCAUAUGGAGGAAGUGAGCAUCCGAAUGAACCUAAUUUCCUUUGUCAGUCUCAAUUCUCCUUCAGCGUCCUUAAUUUUCUAUUUCUCUCUUUGGCGGCGUCUCCUGCUGAAACGGUUGCGUAUCUGAGAGGUACUCACCACAGGAGACGAUAAUCAUCAAAAUGGUAAAUGGACAAAAAAAACUAUUCAAAUAUCUAUAUGAUUUUAUGUAUAGAUUCUUAGCAUGAGAUAAGGUUGGAAAGAUGGAGGUCGUAUAUCUAUUAUAGCAUAGGCAAGGAUCAAUCACCGUGAUGGGGCAACUCAUGUGAGAUGCCUUUUUCUCCAGGAGCACUUUUUAUUUUUUAAAUCUCGAACUGUUUAAAAAAAAUAAAUAAAUAAAUAAAAAAAUGGUUAGGACGAGGACAAGAAUGUUUCAGCUCCCAGGCUCUUGAGGUAUGGAUGUCACCAGACCGUCUCAGAGAGAGUUAGUAGAGACCUUGUUGUGAAUCUCAGACCAUCGGUUCAUUUCUGCUCUUGAUCCUGUCAGUGCCUCGGGUCCUCCAGUACAUUUCUGUAAUAUUUUGUAACCGUCUACACUUUUUUCUACAUUUCAGGCCAGAAUACAAACAAACAGGGCAGUAUGGCAGAUGUUGCACAAGAUGGCAGCAUUUGCAGUGUUUGGUCAGUAUGCAGUAUUAGAUUCUCCUCUAAGUUUCAGGCUGAGAUCAAAACACUUUGUUUUUCGGUGCUAGACAGCAUCCAAACUGCAUUUUCUCACUCUGCUAGUGAAUUAGCACUUAAUUGACUCUUAUCAGUUGCUUUAUUGAAGCAGUAUGUGUAGAUUGCUCAGCAAAAUACAAAUGGGUGACAAAGGGGGAAAAUAAAAAAUGGUGGUUCUGCUAUGCUUUGAAGGUUUUUACUUUUAAAUCAAUACGAAGCUCUUCUGACUGAUCACCUUUAUCCUAUGGUGAAUUUUUUUUUUUUUUUUUUUUUUUUUUUUUUUUUUUUUUUUUUUUUAAAUAAAUAAAUCCUGAUGAGUGAUCUCUUCCCCCAUCCACAGGCCACAAGGGCUCACUAAAUGGUUUGAUGUAUAUGAAAUGCUGUAAAUCAUAUGGCUUUCAGUCACCAGAUCUGAACUCAAAUCAUCACCUUUUGGAGAAUUUGGAGAAAGAGUAAAGCGACAGCUUUCUCCACCUGCCAUUAUCAGAAUACCAGUUGAGGGAGUAUCUUUUGGUAGAAUGGUGUUUAUCCUUCCAGUACAAUUCCACAGACUAGCGUCUCUUACAUUUUUAGAUGGUUCUGGUGUUUCAUGGUGGUCCAGCAACUUACAGAGACACUUAAGGUCUUUAUCAGUGUGGCAGUGGAUCUGGAGCUCAUUCUUGGAACACGAGCAGUGAUGAUGGUGUGCACCCUGGGUAUGAUGCCAGUUUUUUUUUCCCAUUAACUUGUCACCCAUUUGGUCGCGUUAAAUGUUAUUGUAAUUGUUGGCACUCUGCAAGAACUUGGGUAGUUCCAUUAACAUCAGACUACAACACGCACUGAAAUCAUGUUACAUAUGAGCGCUGGCUCAUAAAAGUGCUACUUUUUGUUUUGUUUUUGGUUUUUUUGUUUUAAAGAAAAGUGACAAAAUCAAGUUCACCAAUGUGUGUUAUGUGGUUCGGGGAAAGCAUUGUUUUAAAAGCUGUGUGUAUUGUUCUUGCUUGGGACAGAAAGAAGCAACUUUUUAAACAAAGUCAUUAGCUGUGUUUCAGAUUGCGUAAUUGUGCACCAUCCUAGACGGUUUUUGACUUUUUGUCUAGUGUGUGUUCACAUUGAGAAAUGCCAACACACCCCGGCUGGUGUACUGUACUUGCUGAACAAAUGAAGUGUGGACACUUUUUGCACUAACCUGUCCCAUCAUGCACCACAGAACAAAGCGGAGGGGCUUGCAGCAGACAACAGCCGUAUGUGCGUCUACGGUGUCGUUUUAAACAUUCCCAAACGUUUCAUUUAAAAAGGAAAAAAAAAAAAAAUUACGUAGCACAGCAAAUGCUAGUUAAACUAGCUAGCUAACAUCAGGUAGCACUGAACCCAAUCUGGCACUGUUGUUUAUAUUGUGUGUUAUUAAUGUCAUUUCCCUUAAGGACAAAACGGUUUGUAUUUGAAUUUAUUGAUUGUCAUGUACAAACAGUCAUAGACUUGAGACACAGCUAUUAAAACUACCUUGGCUUUGAUUCACAGGUGCAAUAUUAAAUGAUAAAGUUUACGCUUAAGAGAUUUCUUAGUUUCCAGUUUUGCUGACUAUAAUCAGUCCCCUUUAAAGGCAUAUGAUGAUUUGCCCCUCUGAUUUGAGUGUCUUGUAGGCUGUGUAUAGUCAGUCUCCCUUCUCUCUGCUAAUCUCUCUGCCAGACUGUAAUGGAUGCAUCCAUACACGUUUAUUUCGAUCUACCAGUCGGAUUUUGAAAUGUCAUUUUCUAGGGUUUUAAAACGAAACUUCCUUUGGUUUCUUGCUUUAGUUUCCUUUGAUUUGUUUAUUUAAUUUGUGAAUUUCAUACAAAAAACUUACAUGUAAUCAAACAAAACAAAAAAAGAGCUAUAAGAUGGCAACACAAUAUUUACUAGGUCAUAAGUAAUAAUGACUUAUUGUACAUACGCUUUUUUCUCCUUUGAAUUAAAAAAUGAAAUUAAAAUGGUUGUAUAUUGUGUAGAAACGCAAGCAAAAAGCCAUGAAUAUUGUGAAGCUUGUCAUUUUGUUUAGUGAUCACUGUGUAUUAUUGUGUAACAAAUGUGCAAAAUGUAUGGGAUUAUACUUCUCUUGUUUUUGAGCUCUUUUUGAUGCAUUUUUCUCCCAGGCUGUAUGUUUUUGUAGUAUGUAGUAUUUGCAAAAGGAAAAAAAAAAAUGUCCUGGUGGAGCAUUUGAUCCAUUCUCCAGUCUUAGGACUAGGACAUAAUGGGAUAAUCUUGUAUAUGUUAUUUUUUGUGUGUGUUGCUUUUUUUGUCAAUAACAUUGAAGUUAAACCAAUGUUUGGUGAAUGCAUUGAUUUCUCUUGUUAUCCCAUGCAAAGUGUUGGCCUCACACAGAUGCAGUGGAUCAGACAUUUGACAGUAUUACCCCAAACCUGACCAAACCCAAAGCACUCAGCUGUAGAUAUGACAUGAGACAAUGCACACUUCAUUUACGUUCAUUUACCUUGAGUUCAACUACAGGGUGUCCUUUACACUUUACACUUUUGGGAGACAAUGUAAAUCCUCAUUUUCUACUUCUCAUGCUAUACCAUCUUAUUUCAUUAUGCCUUUUAUUGAUGUCUUGCCCCGAGUGGGGGAUUUCAAAAUGCUCUUAAUUUUCCAUGGAAGAAUUGUAUACAUUUGUAUACGUCCACAGGUUAAGGAAAAUGUUUGCCUUUGACUGUUCUAUUGCUUAUUGCUUUCAGUUUAGUACAUUUUUAAGACAAAAAGAGUAAGACAACUUUGCACACUUUUUAAGUAUUGAUUAUAAAGAGUGUGACCUUUCAAUUUUCAUUAUCAUAGACUAACUGUCCGUAAUUCCUUGAUUGGACAAUCAGCUUUUCUGGAGACGAGCAUUUUAGUUUACGUCUUUCCACCAUGUAAUGUCUCUCAAGUAUUCAGAUCAUUUGUUUCACUUUUUCUUUUCUUUUUUUUUUUUUUUCUGUGAAUUCCCCCCCUUAUUUAGUAUUUGUGGCAAAAUACAAGUCACUUUUAAUGAAGUGUGGGAGAAAGUGGCUUUAUAUCAUUGUGGGGUUUUUGUUUUUUACGAAACCUUUUUUUUUUUUUUUUUUUUUUUUUUUUUUUUAACAGACUCAGCUGCAGUUCCACCAGUUUGAAUACUCAGAACACUUGGCAAUAUGUAAACAUGUUUUUGUUUUUAAAAAAAAAUAAAUAAUAAUAAAACCUUGUAAUUUGAUUUUGAAAAACUAUUGUAUGGAGAACUGGGGAUUGGCUUUAACAAUAAUGAAUUUGAAUCAAGGCUAAAAAUGUGCUUUUUGUCGGUUUUUAUUUUUAUUUGGAACAUUUAAUCCAGACCUUUUGCACAUCCUUGAUAUUUAACUGUCUAAAAAUGAAGCUGAAAAAAAAAAUGCUGUUUGAUUACUGCCGAUUGAUUAACAAUUAUGCGUUGACUGAAAAAAAAAAAAAAAAAUAAGCUAAUUUUGGAGGAAAUAACUUUGUAAUAUUUAUCUCUUGCAAGCUAUGUUUAAUAAAGGAUGGAACAGUUUA